AGUUUCCAGUGGGUGUUCCUGUUCCUCUGAUUCCGUGACCACACUUGUGUUUUUUUACUUUAUCAGCAGGUUCAACUACGCUGACAGCACACAGAUCGUCCUGUUAACAGUGCAGGAGACCAGGUGUGGGUACCUACACGCAGGUAAUGCUCAGAAGUAGCUGAAAGUCCAAAAUCCAAGAAACAUCAAUGGAAAAUAAUUUCAGCUUUGGCGAGGGCAGUGAUAUGUCAUAUGAAGACAAUGACAUGUCCUUCCCCUCUCCAGUUAGACUGACUCCACCAGGACACAUCAACAACUAUGACUUGGAAAGGAGGAGGGAAGAAGAGGAGGAAGAUCCACCAAUGACAGCCAUUACCAUCCCUAGUAAUUCAGAGGCUUACCUGAAUGUGAACACCAAUGCCACCACAAGAGGGGACGCUCAGGCCUAUGUGGAGUUAAAUGAGCUCCAGGGCAGCACCUGGCAGGAGACCGGCCGCUGGCUGGGCUACGAGGAGAACUACAACCUCGCUAGAGGAAAAUGGGGUCCAUCUCAUGUCUCCUUUCUCACUUUUAAGAGUCUUAUCCAGCUUCGCAAGACCAUGACUACAGGGGCUGUAAUUUUGGACCUGAAUGCCACCAGUUUCUCUGCUGUGGCUGAGAAGGUAGCUGAUGAGCUCCUCUCCAAGAAUGAGAUUCGCACCGGCGAUCGGGACAGCCUACUGAGGGCUCUCCUCAUGAGACGCAGUCAAAAUGAGGGCCCCGUGGUCACAUCCACUGGAGAAAUUCAGAUGCAAACGUUCUCUGUGACCAAAAUGAGGGACAGCGCUGACACCAUGGAGGCCUCAAUUGUCCUCUCAGGUGUCCUAGAAUUCCUGCAGAAACCAGUGGUGGCUUUUGUCAGGCUGAGUGACUCUGUGGUGAUGGAGUCUGCUCUGGAGUCUCCCAUUCCUGUUCGCUUUGUGUUCAUCCUGGUCGGCCCCAGCCACAGCGGAAUCGACUACAGUGAUAGUGGACGUGCCAUGGGUGCUCUGAUGGGUGACUGGGUGUUCAGUCUGGAGGCCUUCUUGGCGAAGACUGAAAAAGAUGUGACCAACGCCAUUGCUGACUUCAUGGACUGCAGCAUUGUGAUUCCUCCCACUGAGAUACAAGAUAAGGCAAUGCUGGAGCCAGUCAUUAACUUCCAGAAGAUGAUGCUGCGUGACAGAGUCCGUCCCAUUGACACCCGUCUCGCAUUUGGCAGCAGAAUCCAAGUUGAGAAACCUCUGGAGCAGCCCAAGGAGGAUCCUCUGGCCCGUACUGGCUAUCCUUUUGGUGGAAUGGUGAAGGACAUAAAGCGCCGCUACCGUCACUACCUCAGCGACUACACAGAUGCUCUGAACGUCCAGGUCCUUGCAGCGAUCAUCUUCAUCUACUUUGCUGCACUGUCUCCGGCCAUCACUUUCGGAGGACUUCUGGCGGACAAAACAGAAAAAAUGAUGGGUGUGUCAGAGCUUAUGAUCUCCACCAGCAUCCAGGGUGUCAUCUUCUGUGUCAUUGCUGCCCAGCCUGUUCUUGUCAUUGGCUUCUCUGGACCACUGCUGGUGUUCGAGGAAGCUUUCUAUGCUUUCUGCAAGUCCCAGGGCUUUGAGUACAUCGUGGGUCGUGUCUGGGUUGGCAUAUGGCUGAUAAUCAUCGUGUUCAUCAUCGUGGCCGUGGAAGGCAGCUUCCUGGUCCGAUUCAUUUCCCGCUUCACCCAAGAAAUCUUCUCCAUCCUCAUUUCUCUCAUCUUCAUCUAUGAGACCUUCUCUAAGCUCUUUAAGAUCUUCAAAGCCCACCCUCUGAUGUUGAACUAUGAACGUCUGAACCACACGGUGGACGACCCCUUCUACGCCGUCACCACACUGCAUACUGUGACUGAUGCACAUGGCAACAUAACUAUCAAAGAGAAAGAGAUAGAGAGGGCUUACGCCAACACUGCUCUGCUGUCAAUGUGCCUGAUGUUUGGUUGCUUCUUCAUUGCAUUCUUCCUCCGUAAAUUUAAGACUGGUCCUUACCUUCCAGGCCCGCUCCGUCGUUUGAUUGGAGAUUUCGGUGUACCCAUUGCAAUUUUCAUCAUGAUCGCAGUGGAUAUCAGCAUUAAGGAUGCUUACACUCAGAAACUGGAGGUGCCGGACGGUGUUAAAGUGACUAAUCCCAAAGAAAGAGGUUGGUUCAUCAACCCCCUCGGAGAGAAGAAGGACUUCCCCAUCUGGAUGAUGGCUGCCUGCUGUGUCCCUGCUCUGCUUGUCUUCAUCCUCAUCUUCCUCGAGUCCCAGAUUACUACCCUGAUUGUGAGCAAACCUGAGAGGAAGAUGGUGAAAGGAUCUGGUUUCCAUUUUGAUCUGCUCCUCCUGGUCACCAUGGGGGGCAUCUCCUCUUUUUUCGGGGUUCCCUGGCUGAGCGCUGCCACUGUGCGGUCAGUCACCCAUGCCAACGCUCUCACUGUCAUGUCCAAGGGCCCAAAACCAGAGAUUGAGAAAGUGAUUGAGCAAAGGAUCAGUGGCAUUGUUGUGGCCAUCCUUGUUGGUGUUUCCAUUUUCAUGGAGCCUCUCCUGAAGAUGAUUCCCAUGACGGCUUUGUUUGGCAUCUUCCUCUACAUGGGUAUCACCUCCCUGAGUGGAAUCCAGAUGUGGGACAGGAUACUGCUGCUGAUCACACCAAAGAAAUACCAUCCCUCUGAUGCCUACGCCACCAGGGUUCAGACACUUCGGAUGCAUCUCUUCACUCUGAUCCAGAUCGUGUGCCUUGCUGUCCUGUGGGUGGUGAAGAUGAGUCCCUUCUCCCUGGCUCUGCCUUUUGUUCUCAUUCUCACCGUCCCUCUGCGCAUGCUCAUGACCGGAAGGGUCUUCUCUAACAUGGAGAUGAAAUGUCUGGAUGCAGAUGAUGCCAAAGUGGUAUUCGAUGAAGAACCAGGGGAGGAUGUUUACAAUGAGUCCCCACUGCCAUAAACAUCAGCAGCAUGCAAUCAAUAUUGAAUUCACAGACUUUUUUUAUGAAGUCCGUUCAUUAUAACAAGUAAACCUGAAUAUCAGGUGUCUUGGAAAAUAUGUAUAAACACAUUUUUGCAGUUUCAAACUGUUGUGUUCUUAAUAUUGAUCUUUAGAGGAAAUUACCUCUCAUUUCUAGAAUUCUGACAUGCAGCUACAGUAGAAAACUAACAAUUGGUCCAUAUUUUCAUGACGUACAGCAUGAAACUACUACUCCAACAUUGUCUAUGUUUCAGUUUAAUAUUUCAUUCUUUCAUGUGGAAUUCAGUGUGUUUGAUUCAGGGGAGGAACUUUUGGAAAUGAGAGAUAUUUUCCUUUGAGGACAUGAGGUAAUUCCUUUUUUUUCCCCUUUACAUGCCUAACAGCCGUUUACAGUAGCUUUGAAGUGAUAACCAGUGCUUGCCCAUGUAACCUACUCAUGUUAAUAAAAUACAAUUUCACCAUGUUUACUAUUUAAGUUAAGCUAUUAUGUGAAUUUGUGGGACCGUGGCUCCUGCCUUUGCUCCAUGCAGUACAGAUUAUUCUCAAACAUGCUUCAAGCAGUGUUAUUCAUGUUUGCCUUGACUCUUAUAUUGUGUAGGAUUUACUGAAUUAUUUGAUCUUUCCAGUUCAGGUGACCUGUUUUGAAUGUGAAAAGAAAUGUGUAAUGCACUUAAAAUUGAUUUAGAUUGCUUUUUAUUAAAUGGGAUCUGAGGGAAUGAGUGGAAAUAGUAGUCUGAGCCAAGUGUUGUACUAAUGAUUUGUAUUUUAAACCUUUUGUGUUACCCAUUAUGUGUGUGUGUGUCCUUGACACACUGUACAUCCUUUGGAUUUACACUUUAUUCAAAUAAAAUAAAUGUAAAAACUU